AUGAGCACUAACAAUAGCACCACCUCCAAUGAUGGAUUUGUUUCAGUCAAAUAUGGACUUCAGUCGAAUGAAAUAACAAUACACCAUCAUGAUGAAAAUGAGAAAUAUCAUAGUUGUCUAAAAUUAGUAGAAGCAGACAAGCCGAAACAAUUUAAAAUUUAUAAACAAAAUAAUCAAGGUCCACUUCGGAAAACGGUACAGUUACAAUAUACUAUAAAUUUAGAAUUUGAAUUCGUUUCUGUUCAAGAAAAUGCUGGUGGUAGUGAUAAUGCAGAUGAUACACUUGCCAAUGUACUUACUUCUAUCACUUGCACCUCCAAUGCAUCAGUCUUAUUGGUUUUCAAAGUCACGUGUCUGUUCCAAAUUGGAACAGAGUCUUCAUAA